CGAAAGCUUGCACAGCAACUUGGAGUUACUCAUUCCUCAGUAUGGAAAUAUUUGAAGAAAAUAGAAGAUGAGGCAGAAACACAGGAAGUUGAUAGACAGGAUACAGUUUUCUUUCUCCGACGCAUGCAUCAUCAUUUUAAUCACGGCAAAAGUGCUGCAGAAGCUCAAGGACUGAUUUCUGACAAGUAUGGAGAGAAUAUUGUAUCUCUUAGUGACUGUGCGACGCGGUUUGACAGAUUUAAGUCAGAUAGCUGUGAAGAUGUCUCGAAUCAUAAGAUAAAGAUCGACGAACUGAAAACAUUGCUCGAGAAAGAUCCGUACCUAUCACAACGAAAGCUUGCACAGCAACUUGGAGUUACUCAUUCCUCAGUAUGGAAAUAUUUGAAGAAAAUAGAAGAAGAGGCAGAAACACAGGAAGUUGAUAGACAGGUCGAGUAGUAUGAACUGGUAUUUUUAACUGACGUGUAAUUCUAUGUGCAUAACUUUUAACUUUCAAAAGCGGAUUUAUGACAUGUAUGGAGAGAGAAUAUUGUAUCUCUUAGUGACUGAAAGGUGGUUUGACAGAUUUAAGUCAGAUGGCUGUGAAGAUGUCUCGAAUCAUAAGAUAAAGAUCGACGAACUGAAAACAUUGCUCGAGAAAGAUCCGUACCUAUCACAACGAAAGCUUGCACAGCAACUUGGAGUUACUCAUUCCUCAGUAUGGAAAUAUUUGAAGAAAAUAGAAGAAGAGGCAGAAACACAGGAAGUUGAUAGACAGGAUACAGUUUUCUUUCUCCGACGCAUGCAUCAUCAUUUUAAUCACGGCAAAAGUGCUGCAGAAUCUCAAAGGCGGAUUUGUGAAAAGUAUGGAGAGAAUAUUGUAUCUCUUAGUGACUGUGCGACGCGGUUUGACAGAUUUAAGUCAGAUAGCUGUGAAGAUGUCUCGAAUCAUAAGAUAAAGAUCGACGAACUGAAAACAUUGCUCGAGAAAGAUCCGUACCUAUCACAACGAAAGCUUGCACAGCAACUUGGAGUUAGUCAAUCCUCAGUAAGCAGGUAUUUGCAGGAAAUAGAAGAGGAGGAAGAAAAACAGGGAGUUAAUAAACAGGAUACAGUUUUCUUUAUCCGACGCAUGCAUCAUUAUUUUAAUCACGGCAAAAGUGCUGCAGAAGCUCAAGGACUGAUUUCUGACAAGUAUGGAGAGAAUAUUGUAUCUCUUAGUGACUGUGAGACGUGGUUUAAUAGGUUUAAGUCAGGUGAUCAAGAUAUCUCGAUACGUAGGAUAAAGAUCGAAGAAUUAAAUGUAUUGCUCGAGAAAAAUACGGACCUUUCAAUAAUUGAGUUAGCACAACAGCUUCGAAUUCAUCACAUCACAUUAAUCAUUUAUUUGAGAACAAUAAGAAAGAAGAGUGUUGAUAAACAGGUCGAGUAAUUUGAGCUGUUGCUUUUUUAGCUCGUGUAAUUCUACGUACAUAACUUAUUGUUUAAUUUUAAGUGAAUACUGCUGCAGCGAUCUCGGAUACAGACGAUGAUAAAGAUUAACUCUCUCGGUGCGGCGCGCGCGUGACAAAACUGCUCGCGGCGUAUAGCGAGUGGCUGCUUUCCCUUUAAUCGGACACUUGCGACACUUACUAGCAAUAUUUAAAUAGACAUCUGUUAGGGUAAUAUAAUUUUUUUAAUAUUUGAAAUUUUAGAAA